GAUAACUUUACAAUUUAGUGAACAGAAAUACUUACACUUCAUACCAUGUCUCUCAUGGUCUUCAAGACCCGAUAUCUCAAUUAGCACGCCACCAGGCGAUAGGUUGCUUAACGUCACUUAUUUUUGUACUUUUUGUACUUUAUGCUCGCCUGUUAUUUUCACUGAUGGAACAUUCAGCAACAUCGCCCAAACGUCGCGAUCAACAAAGACAAAGCUUCGCCUUCUCCGAGACGUCCUUGCCGUGGACGGCGACAAGAUGUCACCGUCUUCUACGGCCGCUUCUCGCGCAUGUUGCGUCCCUCAGAAAAGUGAAGGAGCGCAGAGCCCUGACUCACAACGUCGCGGGCUCAGCAGCGCUGGGUCGAACUACCAGGCCGCGGAGAACAGUUUUGGGCAAGAGAAGUUACCCCGCCGACGAUUCGGACUACGACGACAAGAAGCCAUGUCGCAAGUAUUCGAGAAAAGCAUCUCGCAGAGCAUCAUCAUCAUCGGGUGACCCAUCAUCUACUCCCCAGAAGCAGCGCCGCCAGCCAGACAACAAGGCCUCCCAGGAUUUGGCGUUGCCGACUCCCUUGCUUCGCCGCGUGCGGAAUCACCAGCAAUCUUCUCCGCAAAGGGGGCCAGAUGAGAAGUGCCUAGAAGAGCCGGCUCCGACCAAUGGCCGCUGCCUCCAUCAGGGAAGCUGCGGCAGAUCUUCCCGAUGUGCCUUUGAGGCCGAGCUGGCUAGUCUCCGCCCCACAAUGGAUGGCGAGAAGUUUGGUCUCUAUGAGUCUGCCAUCAAGGCUUUCGACUCGCUCCUUAGGGUCACCUCACCUCGGAAAGACCAGACGGCCGGUUCAAAGUCAUUGCUUGCCAUGUGUCUUCGCAAAGUCCCAGCCUACAUAGCAGCGCUUGAGGAAUGGGAGGCUAAAGACGCUGAGGAGAACGGCGAGAGGCCAGCGGCCCAAGGCGCGGGCAUGUCUUUCGAAGUGUACUCAGACCUGGAGUCUCUGGGGCCAUUUGAAGGAUGGAAACAUCUUAGCUUUGUGGUACGGGCUCAUGGCGUAAAGAUCAUUCAAGACGCCGCUUCCGAGGGCUUGUUGGAGGACCCAGUUACGGAUAUGUUGAUAAGGCUAUGCCUCGAAUACAUGCCAUUCACAGAAUGUUUAGGCCUCAUUAACACUUUUGUUGUUCGGCAAUAUCCAAAACCCAACCCAAGCGACAACGACCUCUUCGCGUCCCCACCACUUCGACCACUCCGCGUGCUACGCAGUUGCAGAGCCUCUAGUAGCACCUUGCUACAGGGUAUUCUGGCUGACCUUCUUGCCGACGGCCUGCUGCCAGCUGACUGGAUUCUGACCAAAAGCUUCAUGGCCCUCUGGCCUCCAACGGUGCGUCUGAUCACCGAGAUGAAGCCUUGCCAGGACACUGCCGACUUUGUUAUCAUUACGCUCGAGCAACUAUGCAACCUUGCAUCCCCAAGACGGCCUCGAGGCGUACCCCAAACCCGACUCCGCGGGAAACCCCAAAACACCCUGAUCAGCGCCAUCGCAGCUCUUGGGUCCGUUGUUCUACUAAGUGAAGAAGGAUCAAGUCAAGGCCCGGGGCCCUCGUCUGCAGCCAGAGCGGCAACUCUUAAAAGAAGGAUCGAGUACGUGGUCAAGACGUGUUCGGAGAAUCUGAAACGGCAAAAGAAGGGAGGGAAGAAGCUCGGCACUUACCUUCUAGCUCUCUGCUCCUUCCUAAGCCUCGAAACCGGCUCCGCCUCUGCGGUCAUUGAAGCCUCUUGGGAGGGCGUGCAAAACUGCCGGGGCAACAACAGCCUCAUGCUACAGUAUGACGCCACGACGGCUCUUAUGAGCGCUAUGGCGCACUACUGCAGCCGCGGAACAGGUCUGGCGCCCAAUGUCUAUUUGUCACAGUUCUGCGACAAGCUAGAGACCCUACGCCUUCCAAACGGCGCUCUGAGAAACAUGCGCGUGGAUGGAGCGCUCCGUCUGGCAGAAUUGACAGGCGAUCUCCGAGACCUUGCGUUUGCGGAGAGUCUCCGGGCCAAACUCAAAGCCGCCGCAACGAACAGUACACCCAAGUGGACCCGUCGGAGCAGCACAGACAAGAAGCAUGCGAAUUCAUUCUCCGGAAUCCGUUGGGAUGACGGGAUCAGCGAGUGGGUCGCUGCUACCCCCGCGACUGAUCAGCUUACACGGCCGACGCGGUCGAAGGGAGUAAAGAGGCCUGCACCUUCUUCCGAGGACGAUAGCCACAGCUACAGCGACAGCGACACGGCGAGGACCCCUGACUCGAGCGCUUCAUCCCUGCCGCUAUCACAAACAGCCGCCGACGAACUCGACCUGGAAUCCCUCCCCGUAGGGGACAGGAGUGACGAGUGUAAUGCAACCACCAGCGGCGGCUCUGAAACGCUCGAGGGGGAUGAAUCCAGCGCGCCUUCCCCGCGGAGCAGUUCUAUAGCCCCCUCCAUACAGGCCGAGUCAGAGCCAGACCCGGCAUCGAACGAACAUCAACCAGCCACAAGGACCCGCGACGACGAGCAUUCGUCACCGUCACCAUUGCCGCCGCCGCCAACGCCUCCGGGUGGUUUCCUUGCAACGAGACCCCGCCGCCUGUCGAGACGGAUCAUCAUCACCCAGGCGAGUGAUGUGCUUGCUCUAGACAGCCAUGCCAGGGACUCAGAGGACAAGGAGAAUUGGCUGUGCCGAAAGAAGCCUGCGCGGUUUCGCCCAGCGGCGAAUGCCAGUGCUGCUGCUGCUGGCGGCGCUGCCCCUCAUGCUGUGGUGAGAAAGAGAGUGGCGAGGGCGUCGCUGGUGUAUCUCCAGCCCAUUGAGAGAACGAGAACGACUGCCAAGGGAGACGAGCAUCAUGCGGAGGGGCAGAGUGAUGAUGAGCUGAGUAUCCUCUAGGAUUCUUGUAGGUUUAUAGCGGCAGGGGUUUGAUGAAGUGUUUUGGGUGUUUGGUGAAUGCUGUCUGGUUUAUUGUGUAGGAUACAGGAUACCCACUGGGACUGGGCGUGAGGAGUACUAGAUGCUUGACGGAUGGAUAGAGUCACGGUGCGUGUCUGUACUACUACUAGGGUAUUACAGGAGGGUAUGAUUGAUAUAGCAGCAAUGUUGGAAUUGCUAGCAAUCUUAUGGAUGGAUGCAGGCAAGCAUAUCGUUCUGAGGCUUGUACCGCGACUGACACUGAUUGAUCCCUGAUAUCGAGUGGUUGUCGGCGGGAGCGUGAACAGAGCAGAUCUACGAAUAGUGUACCCGUACACUGCUAUUGCCUACGUAUUGUACGUAUAUACAAGCUUACCAGG